UUUAAACCCCCAAAAAAUGUCCCAAAAUUAUUCUAUAAUUUCCAUCAUCUCCUUAUGGGUAUUUAUUAGUAUGCCUCUAUUUUUAGAGGCAGAGAUGUUUGAUGGUAAUGUUGGGGCUCCGCGAAGGAUUGAAGAGAGCUUUUUGCGAGAUGAUGAAAAUGCGACGAAGUGCAAACCAGCACUACCUUGCUCUGAAGAUAAGGAGUGUGGGGAUGGUGGAACAUGCGGAGGCCCUACUAGAAAAUGCCAAUGCCGCUGCAUAGAGAAGACAUUAUGUAAAACUCCAGGGCUAACCCAAUUAACUAAUACAUUGGUUAACGGUAAAGUGAAGCCUUGUGGUGGCCUUAAAAAUGCCUGCGAUGAAAAGACAAAUAAGUGUGAAUGCGAUAAAGCCUACAAAGAGGCUGGAUACAAGAGUACUAGCGAUGCAUUUGGAAAAGUAUGUGUUGCUCAUACGUGUAAAAAUGAUGAUGAUUGCCAUGGACAGACUUGUCUUCCUGGAUUUUGCCAAUGCCCGAAAUAA